AAACAGUUGCCAUUGCCAUGCUGCUUCCGCCUUAUUAUCUCCGCUCUUGGUAGUUUGUGAUUGCACCAAACCAAAAGUCCUUCUUCAGUCCACGUCUUCACUCUAGAUGAACCUACAAAGCCUCGAGGUGGGUCCUCAAGUGACAGUUACAAAACUUGAAGAGAUGUCUUCCGAGGAAACGUUAAGCGUUGAGAGAAGUGAGGAAGUGAGGGGCGUUGGAGUAUGGUGACGUGGGUAUGACCAGUGAGUCAUCUGACUCAGAGAGGAUGUAGGAAGGGGUAGGAAGAAGUGAGAUGGCUGGGGUUGAGGGAGAUGGGGUUCCCAUAACUGUAUUAGAAGUGGAGGUUAGAAAUGAAAGGUGUUAUGAUGUUGAUGCAGAUAUUGUGUUUGAGGUGAGGGAAUAUGAGUCAAAAUUUGGGACCAAGGAUAGCUUGGGUUAUUUAGUAGAAACUUAUGAAAUUUCUUCCCGAGUUCUAGUUAGGCUUGCUGGGGUGAAAGAGAGCGCAUGCUCUGCACCUCGAGAUCAUUGGAUGCUCAUGUAUGCCCAUUACUUGGCAACGGGGCUUAGGUUUCCCAUUCCUGAACUGCUGGGAGGAAGAGGUGGGGAAGCUAGUGAGGGAAGGGGUGAUCUAGUAAAUAUCAUGUACCUCACCAGCUUGGAUUGCAUAAAGGCUGCUGAGCUCUAUGGGCUAAGCGCUUUGAAUGAAGCUGAGAUGGAUAAGUUUUUGAGUGUUUGUGAGCAACUGCAAAAGGAGAAGGAUAAGCUGGAGAAGAAGAAUAAGGAGAUGCAGGAGGCGCUGGAUGAGGUGGUUCAAGAGAAAGAGAUAAGAAAGAUGAAAGAAGCUAUGGUCGAGCUGAAGAAGAAUGUUCAGUUGUUGGUGCACAACGGGAUGGAGGAGCAUAUCACCAACUUCAACAACUCCAUCUUGUUUGACAACAUUAUUAAGUUGAGGUGGGACCAUGAUGAAGAAGGACACACCGAUUUUCCUCUGAACUUUGACUUCGAGUUCGUAGCAGUGGAGGAAGAGGAAGUAGAGGCAGAAGGUGCUGAACUUGAAGAAAGCCAGCCACCUCUUCCAGUGGAGGUCCAUUUAGUUCCCUCUGAAGAAGAGCAGCCACCUUUCUCGGCAAAUCAGCAGCCACCUCAGCCACCUCCUUCAGCGGAAUAGUUAAGAUGUUCAUUUAUUUCUUUGGGACAAUUUUAAUUUGAAACAUUUUGUAAUAUUUAUUAAUUAAUUUUAAUGAAAGGUUUUUGAAAUUAUAUGUAAUGGUUGUGUUGUGGUUUAUUUGUUUUUAAAUUAACAUAAGAACUGAAAUGAAGUAAAUCACUUCGA